AUGGAAGCCUGUUCCUUUCCUUGUCUGAAUGGGGGUGAAUGUGUACACCCAGACUCAUGCAACUGCAGCCAAUAUCAAGCCACAGGAGAUCGGUGCCAAACAGUUCCCAACGUAGGUUACGAAAGAGACAUGAUCUGUCGGACGUGGGGACAAUAUAACUACGAAACAUUUGAUGGACUUUAUUAUUACUUCCCUGGAAAGUGCACUUACACUCUUGUUAGAGAGUGUGGUGAGGAGACCGAGCCUAGCUUUGUGAUACAGGUUCAUAACGAUCCAGAAUGUCAUUCCUCAGCGUAUUCCUGCAGUCGCUCUGUGAGCUUGUUUUUUCCGGUGGAAGCAGAACUCAGAUUAAACCGGUAUAAUGUUACCUAUAAUGGACAAAGUAUUGAGCUCCCGCACAUUGUCCAUGAUGUGGAAGUGGAAAGAGUUUCCCAAUAUACUUUGGUUACCCUACAACAUGGAUUCACUCUGGCCUGGGAUGGAAGCACUUCCUCAGUCUAUAUCAAAAUGAGCCCAGAGUAUGUGGGGAGAACCUGUGGACUGUGUGGCAGCUUUAACGCUGAUAUACAUGAUGACCUACAAACCAGCUAUGAUUUAUUCACUCACGAUACAGCGAUCUUUGGAAACAGCUGGAUGGAAAUGGUUCCACAUGAGCAUUCUUGUCCCAGUGUGCCAGCAAACUACCCAUCCCCAUGUUUGACUCAAAACUAUGAGACCCGCCAGAAAGUGCAGGAGAUGUGUAUCCUGCUGCUUGAAACUCCAUUUAAAGAGUGCCAUGACUUAGUGAGCCCCUUUCCUUUUAUGGCCAGUUGUUCAAAUGAUCUCUGCAUAGCUGGGACUGAUAAUCAGGUGCUGUGCCAAGCGUUAGCAGAGUAUGCAAGAGCGUGUGCUCAUGCUGAACAUCCUCUGUAUGACUGGAGGGAAGUGAUUCCAAUGUGUGCAGUGGAUUGUGAUGAUGAGUUUACAUACAGGGAGUGUAUCACCUGCUGCCCUGUCUCUUGUAACAUUGAUAAAAUGUGCAUUGAUAGUAAACUUCAGUGCCUGGAUGGAUGCUACUGUCUGGAAGAUUUGAUUUAUGACAAUGGGAGCUGUGUUAAGGCCACUGAUUGCCCUUGUGAGUACCAUGGAAUGCUCUACUCCACUGGGCAAGAGGUUCAGGACGAAUGCAACAGCUGUUCUUGUAUGGGUGGAUCCUGGAACUGCACGGAAUAUAGCUGUCCAGGAGAAUGCUCUGUUACGGGAGACAUUCACUUUGAGACAUUCGAUGGACGUGUGUACACAUUCCAAGCUACCUGCCAGUACAUCCUGGCAAAAAGCCGCAGCACUGGGAAGUUUACCAUCUCGCUACAAAAUGCACCAUGUGGAGCGAACCUGGAUGGAGCCUGUAUCCAGUCAGUAAACAUCAUUGUAGAUGAAGAUCCAAUGAAACAGAUCACAGUGACUAAUAUGGGAGAGGUGUAUGUGUCCAACAUGUACCGAAUCAGCCCACCUUAUUCAGACGCUGUAUUUCAGAUCCAUGAGCUCUCAUCUAUGUUUUUGCAAGUUAAAACUGAAGAUGGAUUGCGUUUGCAGUACAACUGGAAAGAGUUAAGGCUGUACCUGCAGGUAGAUGAAAGCUGGAAGGAAGACACUGUAGGACUCUGUGGAACCUUCAAUGGAAACAUUCAAGAUGAUUUUCUAUCCCCAGCAGGAAUGAUUGAAAGCACGCCUCAGCUGUUUGGUAAUUCUUGGAAGCUGUCCUCCUCCUGUGUUCCAGUCCACAACAUUCCACAGCUUGACCCAUGUGACAUACACCAGCAGGCAGCAUCCUACGCAUCUGAAAUGUGUGAGAUCCUAAAUAAAGAGCUGUUUGCCCCGUGCCACGAGUACCUGAGUCCCACAGCCUUCUACCAGCAGUGUAAAUCAGACACCUGUAAAUGUGGGGAGACCUGCCUGUGUGGAGCUCUGGGUCAUUACACUCGACAGUGCAGAAAACAUGGAGUCAUUAUAGACUUCAGAGCUCACGUAUCAGAGUGUGCUGCUCAAUGCCAGGAAACAAUGGAAUAUGGUACCUGCAUCUCCUCCUGCAAUAGAAACUGUCGCUCCCUGUCCUUGUCCGAGGCCUGCGGUGAGGAGUGUGUUGAAGGCUGUGUGUGCCCUGGUGGCACUUACUACAACAGCAAAUCCCAGAAGUGUGUGCAAAAAAAUGAGUGCUCUUGCAAUUUCCUGGGAGCGGAAUAUGCACCAGGGGAUAUAAUCAUCAUGUCUUCUGGAACCCAAAUUUGUAAAGAUGGCCAAAUGAUGUACCAGGGUCCCAGUAUUGACACAAAAUGCCCCCCCGGCCAGUUCUAUUUCAAGUGCAGUGAUUCUUUAGAUAGUUCUACAGUGAGUAAAGGAGUAACUUGUGAAAGGACAUGCGAGAGCCAUCUUCUGAACCUCACCUGCUCCGGUCAUGGUCACUGUGUUUCUGGAUGCAUUUGUCCACCUGGGUUUUUGAAACAUGGUGAUGAGUGCUUUGAACCUGUUGCGUGUCCGUGUUUGUGGAAAGGAAAAGAAUAUUAUCCUGGGGACAAAGUAACUUCUCCAUGUCACAGCUGUGUUUGCCAGCAUGGAUCAUUUCAAUGCAUCUUCCAUCCAUGCCCAUCAAUGUGCACAGUUUACGGAGAUCGCCACUACAGGACUUUUGAUGGACUCCUAUUUGAUUACAUUGGAGCUUGCAAGGUCUAUUUAGUAAAGAGUAAUAUCGAUUUAACUAUGAGCGUCUCUGCAGAAAAUGUGGAUUGCUAUGAAAGUGGAGUCAUCUGUAGGAAAUCGUUAUUAAUCAACAUCGGGAGGUCGUUCAUCGUGUUUGACAAUGACAGUGGAAAACCAAACCCCUCAAGUCUGAUAGAUAAGAGGCAACCUGUAUUUAUAUGGCAAGCAGGUUAUUACACCAUUAUCCAUAUCCCUACCGAAGAUGUUACUGUGCUUUGGGACAGAAAAACAACCAUACAUAUCCAGGUUGGACCUCGCUGGCAGGGUAAAUUGACUGGACUCUGUGGGAAUUUUGACCUGAAGACAGUAAACGAAAUGCGAACCCCUGAAAACAUUGAAUCUGCAACACCGCAGGAGUUUGGGAAGAGCUGGACAGCUGCAGAGUGUGUGAACAGCCCUGAUAUCCGCAACCCUUGCAGCAUGAAUCCUCUAAGGGAGCCAUUUGCCAAGAGGGAGUGCAGGAUCCUGCUGAGUGAAGUUUUUCAAGCCUGCCACCCUGUGGUUGAUGUCACCUGGUUUUAUAUGAACUGCCUCACAGACACCUGUGGCUGUAAUCAUGGGGGGGACUGUGAAUGUUUCUGCACCAGCGUCUCGGCCUACGCACAUCGCUGCUGUCAACAAGGAAUAGCCGUCGACUGGCGCUCACCCACUGUCUGCCCGUACGAUUGUGAAUUUUACAACAAAGUUCUGGGAAAAGGCCCUUUCAAACUAGUCACUUACUUGGAGAGUGAAACAGUCUUGGCAGCCAAUUUCUCUGGCGGUGCUGCUUUCCCAGUACAGGGAGCCGUCUCCUUUCCAGGAGUGGCCAUGCUCUUUAUGCUGACCCCAGGAUUGUCCAGGUCCAGACCACAUGAUACAACCCUAGUUUCAUUAGAGUCUGCGGAAAGGCCAAAUUAUUUCCUGCAUUUGGGACCCAGUGGAUACCUCCGUGUGAGCAAGUGGGAAGAGAGUGAGCGAUUUCAAGAGGCGUCUACGUUUAUUAUUCAUAAGGACACUUGGCUUGCAGGCUAUGAUUCCUUUGAGUCCUACAUGAAACCUGGGUUCUUUGUUCACUACAUGUUGUCUUCCAUCCAUCUAAUGAAAUAUAACCACUCUGGAGGCUUCAGGCAGGCAACCCUUUUUAAACUUGAAGGCAUUAAGCCAGCAGUUGCUGUUGACCCAAUCACUCCCCAAAGCACAGUAUCAACACCUGGAGCUGUCACUUCACCCUCUGUUAAAGCUACUGUUUCACUGGGUUCAACCCUGCCCACCACUGCACCCACUGCUGCAGCACGAACCACAACAGAAACACAACGCACCCCCCCAACACCACCAGAAGCCUCUUCCAUGACGACCAUCUCACCCAAACCUUUAGGUCCUACCAUUCAGACCAUGCCGGGAAAUGAUACAACAGAAUCAUUUUUUACAACUAUCACAACACAGGCACCUAAAUUCACCAAACCUGAAGGAACGGUUACUUUUUCACCGACAGUAUCCAACUUGACGUCGGUUACUGAGUCAUUCGAGACAACUGCAAAAACAUCUGCGACUUCAACUAGCACCCCGGUUAGCACAAGUGAGCUUCAGCCUACACCAAGUUCUCCAUACACCACAGAAACAACCACAGAAAUCACAACUGCCUCUUCUGCAGCUGGUGCAUUUUUGCAGACCACAACUACUAAACUACCAGAAACCUCCAAAGUGACAGCUAUUUCUGCAGUGCCAGAAACAGAGUUGCUUCCUACAGUGGACUGGACCGCAAGUACCAUAGAACCACAAUCCAAAGCCACCACAAUACUUACAAGCACAUCCCCCCGACCUCUCGAGGAGACAGAAAAGACAACAGUGUCUUCAGCUGAAGUAACUGGUUUACCUGUUUACACAACCACCAGCACAGGGCCAACAAAACAACCAGGGACUUCAAGAUUUACAGAAACAUCUUCUGCAACAGUGGCCCCUACAACAGUGUAUGUAGAUACCGGUACAAAGGUGGCGGAUAAAACUAUUUCUCCACUGACUACUAAACCCCUGACUUCUGAAAAUGGAACUUCAUUAACAACAGGAUACCCAACAGAAAAGAGCACAGCUGAGCACUCAGCCAAGCCAGCCACCCCAUAUCCAGAUACAGCUGCAGAAACAGUGCAAAGCAGCUCUACAACUAGCCACACUUCCUCAACAACUUUAAUAGAACCAUCUACCACCAGUUUGCAGACUGUUACUUCACAAUCCAUGUUCACCUCUGAACCAACAACUACAGCAACCACCAGAUCUGUUUUUUCUACCAUAAAAAGUACAGCCGGGACAACUCCCUUUUCAUCUGGUACAACUAAGGCAAAAGCACCAGUAUUACUGUCCACAACUGUUCAGCUGCUUGGUUCAACUCUAUCUACAAGGAAAGUGACAACUUCAUCAGAAACUCUGCUUGUUCAGACACCUGUAACUUCUAAAUUGUCAUCUCUAACCACUUCUCAACUGAAAACUGAGGUAACAAAUGCUACAGCAGUUACAGGAAAGGAAGGAGCAUCUACUGUUCUUCCAAAACAAGAGGUGUCUACAACACUGUUAAGUGCAUCUUCUGAAUCGCAUGCACCAACACCAGCUGUAACUUUGAGAACAAUGGGUACUUCACAGGUGGCACCUGAAACAGCGAGCACCGUUACAACCACAUCUCCAACACCAAAACCCACUUUGAGUACAACACCUCAUCCAACCACACAGUCCACUUCAUCUACAGAAACACCGAAAGAAAAAUGGACAACUAUAGGCAAAACCCCCACUGAAGAGGUAACUGUAUCAACAACGACAGUACCUCUUUCUACUCAUACCACUUCACUAAUCUACUCUCCAGUCACAGCAAGUACUGUCACAACUGCAGCUACCACUACCAUAUGGACAGAAAAGCAGACAACCCAAGCAGUCACUCCAUCCAAACCAGUCACGACAGCGAGCGUCACUGCUGUACUUAAUACCACAAUACCAGCCACAACUGGUAAAGAAACAACAACAUCUAUUACAACUGCAGCCCAAACCUCCACUACGUCCUCAUAUAAAACAACUCUACCAAGAACCGGUACUGGUCAAACAACAAAACAGCCGGCUUCUACACUAGAAUCAACUGCUGCAACUACUCAGGUUACUCCAAAUGCUACCACAGCUGCAGAGAGUCUGAGGACCACUUCUUCUGAAUACUGGUUAACAACAUCUAAAGAAGCUGUUAGCAAUAUGACUGUAUCUGUUCUUAGUACUGUUUCACCAGCUUCAUCAAUACCAGUAACAACAGCUCAAACACAGAGUUCUUCUGUAUCAGGGCCAUCAGUAUCAACCUCCACCUCAUAUACAAAUGCAACAGAGUACUGGUCCACUCAGACAACAGCACCCCUACUCAGCAGCAAUGAAACAUUGAUACCAUUAUCACCUCAGUCAACAAGUGAUCAUACAACAACAACUACUUUAGUUACAUCAACCAAGAUGUGCACUCCUCAAUAUUCUGAGCUAAUUGAUGAAUGCACAAAAUAUGUCUGCAUGAAUGGACAACUGAUGCUGUUCAAUAAAUCCCAGAAUUGUCCCUACAAUGCAACGCCUCCUAAUUGUGGUCUCCUGGGAUUUGCUAUACUGGUGAACGGUGACAAGUGCUGUCCACAGUGGGAUUGCCCCUGUCGCUGCUCUGUUUUCCCAGAUUUAAACAUUAUUACCUUUGAUGGUAAUAGUGUGGCCAUUUAUAAAGCAGCUUCCUAUAUUGUAACUCAGCUGCCAAACGAAACCGUAAGCAUUCAGGUUCAAGAGUGCCAAAGCUCAGACACGCUUCUAUGGAAUUUCACUAACCUGUGCCUGAUAGCUCUCAAUAUAACACACAAAGCACAUCACGUGCUGAUUGAUCGUCUACAGAGAAGGUUGUAUGUGAACUCAAGGUAUGCGCGGCCACGCUUUAGGAAAAAUGGAUUUGAAAUCUUGGACACUGGUAACAUGUAUUUAAUUAAGACCCCAGCUGGACUCAAGAUCCAGUGGUUUCACAGCACAGGAAUGAUGGUCAUUGAGACAGACAGUCCCAGCCACAAGCUCACCACAAUGGGAUUGUGCGGUUGCUGUGAUGGAGACCCAGCUAAUGACCUCACAUUGUUCAAUGGGACAACUGUGAGCGAAAGUGAGGACCCAACAGUAUUUAUUGACAGCUGGCAAGUGCCAAACACAACAAGCUUCAUGGGACAGAACCGCCGCCGGGAAGUGAACUGCUCCACCAGCGACUGCUCUGAAUGCUUAAGCAUGCUCAGCAACCAGACCUUCAGCAGCUGCCAUGCUUUUGUCCCACCCAAAAUGUUUUGUGAAGUGUGGGUUCGGGAUGCAGAGUAUGUGAAGAGCCCCUGCACAGCACUGGCUGCGUAUGUGGCUGCCUGUCACAAGUUCAGUAUCUGCAUAGAGUGGAGGAGUCCUGACUACUGCUCGUUCAUGUGCCCUCCAGAGUUAAGAUACCAAGCCUGUUUGCCAGCAUGCAAUGCCAAGACUUGCCCAAACCACGAGUUUGAUUCGGAUCCAGAGGAAUGCUCGGGACUAACUGAGGGCUGUGUUUGUCCAGAGGGAACACUCCUUCAUCGCCCAUACUCUGCUCUCUGUAUUCCCAGUGAAAAGUGUGCUUGUACGGACAGCUUUGGGACUCCUCACGCGUCAGGAGAGGUCUGGAAGGCCUCAAAGGAUGGCUGCUGCAUGUACAAAUGUGACAAUGACUCCAUCAUCCCAGUGGAGUAUAACUGCACCGAGGUGCCGGAGCCUGUCUGUAGCAAGGCUGGAGAAGUGACCGUUAGUCUGGCUGAUGAUAAAAGCUGCUGUCCCCAGAAAGCUUGUGUUUGCAAUCAGACGCUAUGUGACCAGUAUGCUCCAGAGUGUAAAUAUGGCGAAAAACUCGUUUCCUACUACAGAGAUUACUCCUGUUGUCCAGAUUAUAUAUGUGAGUGUGACCCAGACAGGUGUGAGUCUGACAUUCCAACAUGCAGAGAUGACCAGACCUUGAUUGCUACCCGGACUGAGGGGAGCUGCUGCAUGGCUUACAUCUGCAUGUGUGGGUCCUGCUCAGACACUAUUCCUACCUGCCAGGAGGGAGAGGUCUUCACAGUCGAUGCAAACAGCACAGACAGGUGCUGCCCUCCUUACCACUGUGUUUGUGAAACAUAUCGCUGUAGGGAGCACACAUGUCCUUUGGGGAUGUCUGUGGUGACAGUAUGGAGUCCUGAUCUGUGUUGCCCGUUGAACACAUGCGAAUGUGCCUGUGACACAAUCCCUAAACCACAAUGUAAACUGGGAGAAAUGCUUCAAAUUGACAGUGAGUUCCUCACAGACCCUGAAAACCAAUGUGGCUGCUCCAAGUACAAGUGUGUGAAAGAGCAGGUGUGUGUGGAUGGGGAGCGGGGAGUCAUGCGACCAGGGCAGACACUUGUUGAGCACACUGCUGAGGGUAUCUGCUAUACUACACAAUGCACCUCCCAUACCGAUCCAGUAACCAGCUUCUACAAGAUCCAAGCCAGCAGCACUAACUGCACAGCUCAGUGUGAACCAAACCAGGUUUACAAACCUCCUGACGACCUAACAACAUGCUGUGGAGUUUGCAGAAAUACAUCUUGCAUUUACCAAAUGGAUAACGGAAGCAUUGCUCUGUAUAAGCCCGGUACGACAUGGAUGUCCAACUGUAAGAGGUACGAGUGCAUGGAUACAAUGUCAGGACCCACCCUCAUCAGCUAUUCUAUUAGCUGCCCACCUUUUAACGAAACAGAGUGCAUGAAGAUUGGUGGAACAGUUAUAAGCUACAUGGAUGGCUGCUGUAAAACCUGUAAAGAAGAUGGGAAGUCUUGCCAGAAGGUGACAGUCCGAAUGACUAUCCGGAAAAACGACUGUAGGAGUAACAGACCUGUUAAUAUAGUCUCUUGUGAUGGAAAAUGCCCCUCUGCCAGCAUAUAUAACUACAACAUUAACACCUAUGCCAGAUUUUGCAAGUGUUGCAGAGAAAUUGGGCUGCAAAGACGCUCUGUCCAACUUUACUGUAGUGGAAACUCUACCUGGGUCUACUACUCUAUUCAGGAACCGACAGACUGUUCAUGUCAGUGGUCCUAGUAACAGGCUAACUGAUUAUCCAACAACAGACACUGCAAUACUCCACAGACCUCAAGUGGCUUCCAGUCAUGGAGGAUCGGGAGGGAGGGAGAGA